AUGAAAGACGGGCAACUUGAAGGAAAAGUUACCGAGCGUGAACUCCAGUUCUGUUGGCUUACAGACCCCUUCAAAGACAUGGCACCAUCAGUUCCCAACACCACGGGAUCAGAAUCACCAUCCGGUGUACCAUAUGGGCCGUACACCAGUUUCCCCUGGGAACCCCUCCCUGAGUACAGUGGCGAGAAAUCCGUCAUGUUUCGUUCGGCCGAUGGGAAAGUCGUCGCAGCAGCCGCAAAGAAAACAGGGACUGCAACAUUGACCUAUCCGUGUGAUGAGUUUUUCUUUGUCACGGACGGUUGGGUCAAACUGAACGUUCAUGGCGGGGACCACUUUGUUCUGACCAAGGGGGAGUUCGUGUAUUUGAAGAAGGGGACGACGGUGGAUUUUACAUUUAGCCCUUGUUUUUUGAACGUUGCCGUGUUUAUGGACAAUGAACCUAAUGACCCAAUUCAGCGCGGCUGGGAUCACCUCGCCGGCGCUUGCUCCAGACCACAUCUUCAGAGGGCUCCCGCCCAGUUCAGCGUCGCCUGA